CAGUGACUCAGCUGUCCGGACCUCUAGGGGAAGUUCAUUCCACCACCUUGGUGCCAGAACAGAGAAGAGUCUUGUAGUAUACUUGCCUCUUACCCUGAGAGAUGGUGGGACCAGUCGAGCAGUGCUGGUAGAUCUGAGGGUGCGGGGUGCAGUGCGAGGAGUGAUGAGGGCUUUGAGAUUAACAAUGAGGCAAGUUGUUUUCAUCCUCACCACCACUGCCAUCAUCAUCGUCAUCAUCAACAACAACACUGGAGCAGUUUUGUCCAACCAGAAAAAAAACCCUGCUUAUAAACUGGACAUGGCAAAGGAUUCUGUUGAUGACCAAUUUAUAGGCUGCGCUGAAGAAACCUACAAACGGAUAAUAGACGAGGUCCUAGGGGAAGAGUUAAAUAAAAAUAAAAAGUUUCAACAAUCUUGGAAUAAAUACUCAAACAUUGAGGAUAAUUUUAUAAGAAUAAUAAAGGUCUACACCGAUCCACUGGGAAAACUUUAUUCAAAAUUAAAUGAUGCUGUCAGUUCAGGAAAAAACGAUUACCCCCAAAACUUCAACUACAUAGCCUUUCAUUUCUUGCUAACACGUGCCGUACAAAUUUAUAAAGUGAAGAGCUGUGUUAAUGUUUUCCGUAGAACCACUGAUGAUUUUGAGAGACCCGAGAUUAAUGAUGUAAUGCGAUUUGGCAAGUUUGCAUCGACUUCACUUAACAAGGACUUGCAAAAAUUUGGCAGGAAAACCUGUUUUAAGAUUAACACAUGCUAUGGUGCAGACAUAGCCGAACUUUCUAAGAUACCCGAUGAGAAAGAGGUGCUAGUCCCACCUUUUGAAAAAUUUACUAUGACAAACAUUACAGAAAACCAGAUGAACUGCGAAGUCAUUUACACUCUAAAGAGUGUGGAAGCUAUUAGCAAUAUGAACUGCAAGCUGGUUAAAAAGCUCUACUGAACUGUUGAUGUUAUUAUAGCACAACCACUAACAUGACUGGAUAAUUUAAGGCCAUGAUGCAAUGUGUUCUAAGCAUGUAUUGAUGUCAAGGAUAUACAUUAUUUGUUAUUACAUUAUAAAAUUGCUUAAUAAUAAUGACAACAUUGUAAUUUUAACCAUUUUGUCUGAGCUUUUGUUUGAAUGGAAUUUAAUGUCUGAAUGCUUUUGAAAUUAUAAGACAUCUGGACCAUA